GAACUCUGUAGGCGGGACAAGUGAAUGCGACAGAGAUGUGAACAAAAUAAACUCCCUCCGAUUUAAAUUGCAGUUGUUACAUUUUAGACAGACACCGCUCAAAGGGUCCAACUUAAAGAUGAGUUCAUUUGCAGGCCGAAUGAAGGAAUAUCCCACAAUGUCUCUGGAUCGUUUCGACCGGGAGAACUUACAUGCCCGGGCAUAUUUCCUCUCCCACUGUCACAAAGAUCACAUGAAAGGACUGAAAGGACCAAAACUGAGGAGAAAGCUGCAGUUCAGUCGCACAGUCAGGCUGUACUGCUCAUUUGUGACCAAAGAACUUCUGCUGAACAGUCCCAAGUAUGCUUUCUGGAAGGAUUACAUUGUUGCAUUGGAGCUGGAGAGCCCUACGCAGAUAUCUCUGGUUGACGAGGCAUCUGGAGAGAAAGAAGAUAUUGUGGUCACAUUGCUCCCUGCAGGCCACUGUCCCGGCUCUGUAAUGUUCCUGUUCGAGGGUUCUCGGGGAAACGUUCUGUACACGGGAGACUUCAGGUUGGCCGCCGGAGACGUCCCGAGGAUGGAACAUCUGCACUCUGGCAGCAGAGUGAAGGACAUUCAGAGUGUUUAUCUGGACUCUACGUUCUACGACCCACGAUACUACCAGAUUCCUACUCGGGAGGUGUGUUUGAGCGGCAUCUUGGAGCUCGUGGGGAACUGGAUCGCUCAGAGUCCGUAUCAUGUUGUGUGGCUGAACUGUAAAGCUGCGUAUGGAUAUGAAUACCUGUUUACUAACCUGGGAGAGGAGUUCAACACACAGAUCCACGUCAGGAGUCUGGAAAUGUUCAAGAAGAUGCCGGAGAUCCUGAGCUACGUGACGACUGACAGGAGGACGCAGAUUCAUGCCUGUCGACACCCAAAGGCCGAGGAGUUUUUCCAGGGCAACAGGCUGCCGUGCGGCUGCUUAGCCUCCGACGGGACUCCUCUCCGUAUCAUCAGCAUCAAACCUUCCACCAUGUGGUUUGGAGAGAGGAUGAGGAAAACCAACGUAAUUGUAAAAACAGGAGCCAGUUCCUUCAGAGCCUGCUUCAGUUUCCACUCGUCCUACGCAGAGCUAAAAGAUUUCCUCUCCUACCUGAAACCCGUCAACAUCUACCCCAGUGUGAUCCCCAUGGGCCGGACUCUGAGUCAGGUCACACAGAUGUUGAACCAGAUGUGCAGAAACCAAUCUGAUCAUGCAGCAACCGUAUACAAACCUCUGGGAGUCCUCAAACGCAGCAUGGUGCUGCGACCUACAUUUGAUUCAGACAGCGAUGACGAACUCUUUGAUGGCCUCGACUUGGCGCCAGUGAGGAAGAAGAUGGGGCUGGAUCAGGAAAUACACGAAGUGAAAGGGCAGAGUCCUCAGAAAACAGCGCCCCCUGCUUCCAUGGAGGAGUCAUUACCUCAGACGGUCACACAAGCUGUCGCAGGCAACUAUGUGGACUGCACCGAGUCCAAUGAUGAAGAUGAGGAUUAUGAGGAGGAGGAGGGGGAGGGGGAGAACGAGGGAGCAGGGGAUGAAACUCUAAUAAUGGAGGAGGGAGAAAAGACAAUGAAGGAAAACGAGAGAAAUGAAGAAACGGAGAAAAAUAAGCUCAAGGUGGAAGAGCGCGAUCCCUCUGCUCUGCCGACAUGGGAUGACUUCUUCACCGUGGAGACGCUACCUGACAGCCAGAGCAGCCUCAGCAGCCAAUUACAAUCCUGCUGCUCUGUCCCAAGCCCCGCCCCUUCCCGAAUGACGGGCUCACAGACCCCUGAGCUGUUCAGCGAAGAGGAGGAAACCCCGAACAACGACGAAAACUUCAGCCUGACCCUGUCCGCCUCUCUGUCCAAUCAUUCCUCCCAGAACCUGGACUCGUAUUUACCCGACACCGUCAUCCUUCGUCCAGAGCGGGAACAACUGGAAGACCCAAGGACCAAAACUGUGUCUUUGGAGGAAACAAACAACGACCUAAACAUUCAGUCAGAGCCCGAGGAGCUCUCAGGGUCUCAGGUGUCGUCGGACUUUGACAUUCCCUGCACGCCCGAGUCGAAGACGCCCCGGCCUGAUGAGCUGUCGCAGCUGUACAGGAAGCUGGCGUCAGGAGAGGAAGUGGUCAUCAGACAGAGGGAUUGAGGAAAAGAAGCAAAGCUCACCAAAAAAACCGUUAACAUUCUAGUUUGUCUACAUUGUGUCCUACUGGACGUUGAAAGCGAGCUGAGGGUCAGAUUGAAUUAGCUCAGAUUGUAAAUAAAUUACAGUUAGAAAGACAUUUUCUAAAUCAGUCACACUGAGCACUUUAAGUCCACGAGAGGUUUGAUGAACUCCAUGCAGCUCCACGGCUUUGAACACACACACAUCUUUAUACAGGAUUUUUGACAUUUGAUGAGCUUUAUAACAUUUAUGUGAAGCACUCCGGUUUUAUGGAUUCAAAUUUCAGCAGAAAAAUACGUUUUCCCCAAAUUCAACCGAGUUAGUUUUGCUGCCUGCAUUUCUUUUACGCCUCACCUUGAUGCUUCAUUAUACCUGAAUGAGAUGUCACAAACAAACACAAAAUGAGCUUCUACAUAAACACAUAUAUACAUUCCCUAACACCUCGUGUGCCUUACAAGUGAAACCUCUAAUCUACACCUUCAGUUUAACCUCCCAACCACACAAACCUCAGGAUGUACACACACACAAUUCAUUUCAGUGUACGUUAGUGUCACGGUGCCAUACAUAUUUUAGUGCACCUGCACACUUUAACCUCCUUCCUGUCUGUCGACCGUUUGCUGUUUGUUCUGCUGAAGACGUGCUCUUUGUGGAGAACGAUGAACUUUUGUUAUGAAUAAUAUAUAUUCAAUUAAAAACAGAGAAGGUUUAUAUUCAAGCGCAAAGAGUUGAAUGAUUAAAAUGAUUUCUAAACCCCCAAUUCCAACAUAGUCCGUGCAGUGGAAACACGAUCUGUGGACCGCGUCGCACACGGAGCAAGUGGAAAUCUGGGGUUAUUGUUGUCAAAACGUCUUUUAUUUUCUGUACUUGAGUUCAUCUAAGUUCCAUCCUCUCACGUGUUGGUCGUGAUCCAGAUCACUAACGAAAUAAAGAGCUGAAAAUGAU